CGACGGAUGGACGUGCCUUCGUCUCCGCUCCAUUCAAUGUCGUAUGUAUCCAUAUGUGUUUAAAGUUAAUUCGUUGUUUUCUUGUUUUUUUCAGCUCGUGGAUGAUAAUCCAAUCCGAUCCUCACCUAGGAAAUAGAGAUGGUGCGGCAAAAAAUUCAGAUUAAAAAAAUCGAUAACUUGACGGCGAGACAAGUGACGUUCUCGAAGAGGCGGAGAGGGCUUUUCAAGAAGGCUCAAGAACUUUCCACUCUAUGCGAUGCUGACAUUGCUCUCAUCGUCUUCUCCGCCACCGGCAAGCUGUUCGACUAUUCUUCCUCGAGCAUGAAGCAACUCGUGCAAAGGCAUAAACAACAAGCUGACAAGUCUAAUAGAGUUGGGAAACAGAUUCAGACAAGGAGCAAUCACAGCCACGCUACCGUCUGCAAGGAACUCAGUGACCUGACCCUUGAGCUGAAGCAACUCAUGGGAGAAGAUCUCCAAGGUCUCGGCCUGAACGAAUUGACGAGGGUAGAGAGAAUGGUCGAGGCAGGACUGGCUCGCGUUGGAAAAACAAAGAACGACAAGCUCUUGAAUGAGAUCAGCAAGCUGAAGAUGAGGGAAUCAGACCUAAUUGAAGAAAAUUCGCGGUUGAAACUGCAGCAUCAAGUGGAGAACAUUCAGUGUACAGGUCAUCAUGCUAUGGAGCAAGGGUGUUCCACUGAAUCAACUACCACUAUUUCCCACGGCUUUGCCCAUUGUCCGGAGGAGGACAGGAACUUGUCCGACACUUCUCUCAAGCUAAGCUUACUUUGAUUGCAGACUUAAGACAUGGGCUAGUUUGCAACCCUCAAAUGGCUUAGCUUGUUUAAAUGUAUUUUUAGUAUCCACCAUGUAAGAACAAUAUCGACUAUCCAUGCAUCUCUUUUUACGGAUGUUCGUGUAUGCAAAAAUAACAAUUUUGCUUUU